AUGGCGGGGAGUUCACGUCCCUCGUCGUCCGCGUCUUCGCGCCACGCACGGCUGGACCGACCGCCGCCACUGGUGCGACCAAUCAACGACCCAGAGGGGCCUGACGUGGAACUGGAGAGCCCCACGUCAGACGACGAAAUCACCGAUGCGGACCUGAUUGCCUACUCUUCCGGCCCGCGACCGCUGCAGCCAACUACCUCGGGAAUACCGUCGUCUCCGCCUCCUCUUCUCGCCGACCCGCCCAUCGUACCCGGCGGCGAUUAUUUCUUCGGCCGGCCCAGCUCUAUCAGUUCAGCAGACGGAGGCUCGGCUUCUGGCGGUGGGGGUCUUAAGUUCCCCCGGUUGAGCGGGCGCGGAGGACGGCCGGGAGCGAACAAGCCAACGCUCGUCAUCCCGCCUGUGAUGAUCGACGGUGUGACGGUCCCGUCGCCCUCGCCGCAAGAAGCGUCGCCCGACCCGGAAGAUAUGGCUCCGUCGCCCGCGCCGCUCUUCCACUGGCCGUUCGCGACCAACAUGCCGAUCAUCUCGCCAGGUUUCACGCAUCAAUCCGCGCAACAGCAGGCCCCCGGUUCCGCCGGGUUCACUCGCGGUGCGGCAACGCGCGCGGACGCGCUUGCGGCGGCCGCCGCCAUUGUCGCAGGACUCGGGGACGACACGAUCGAAGGCGGGGGACCCAUCGCUGCGCCGCCAACGCUUCCGCGGACGCUGUCGCGGGAAAUGUCGCGCGAGCUUUCACGCGGACUGUCCCGCAGCGGCGGCGGCGGCGGAGGCGGCGGCGGCGGGAUGGGGGAAAUGGGCGGAGGGCUGCAGCGGCAGCUUUCGCGUGCGCUAUCGACGGAACUCUGGGAUAUUCCUCUUUCCACGGUGCCAUCAAUCUUCUUCUCCGCCACUCCCCGCCGCCAAGCGCCCCCGCCGCCGCCAGUGAACAUAGGCGCGACAGUGGUGGCUGACAGCAGCAAGGCGCAAAAUAAUUGGUCCGUGACGCUCUGCGGCUCGUGCGGGCGUCACUCCACGUGUCUGUGCGUGGAGGCCGUGCUGUGCCCGUGCAUCACGGUGGGCCGAGUCGCAGUCGCCGUCGAUCCCGCCUCCUACUCGCACUGCGGAGCGUCCACGUGCUUCUCGCUGCUCUCCUGUAUCUUCUCCUGCCAUGUGCGUGUGCUCUACAUCUUCUUUCUCCGCUUUACCCCCUCUAACCUCCCAUCGCCCCCUCCCUUCUCUCGGCACUUGUCUGUUCCAAUCUCUCUCGUUCUGCCACUCCGUAUUUCCCUCAUCCUCCCCCGUCACUCCAUCCGUUUCCCCCUCGCUCCCUUCCGUCCCUUCUGCCUUCCCCCCUUAACCUCUUCCCCUCUUCCGCCGCUCCGUUUCCUAUUUUCCUCUUCCCCCUGCCUUCCGUCCUUCCCCUGCGCGCGCACAGCUCUACUCCGCGACCCUGCGCAACAAGGUGCGGGCCAAGUACGCCAUACAGGGCUCCGCGUGCGGGGACUGCUGCGCGCACUGCUGCUGCCACGCCUGCGCGCUCAUGCAGGAGCUUCACGAGCUACAGAUUCUCUCUGUCACUGUCCUAAUUACCCUCCUAUUCUCCCUUCUGUGCGUUUCUGCCCUCUCUCUUCCUUGCCUCCCCCUCCCACGCACCCGUUCACUUCCUCCCUCAUCACUUCCUCCCUCAUCACUUCCUCCCUCAUCACUUGCUCCCAACCAAUCCGUCUCUCUCUGCUCUUCUUCCGACAACCAUGUCUCUGCCUCAACCUCUCUGCCUCUCACUCUUGUCACUCUUUUUGUUCUGCCUCACUCCCUGUUCACUCCUCACUCUCCGCUUACAUCUCAACCUCUUUGUGUCUCUCGGCCUCUUUGCUUCUUAUUAUCUCUGCCUCUCUCUCCUCUGUUUUCACUCUCUUCGUAUUUCUCAACCUCAUUGUUGCUCUCUUUGCUUCUCGUCGUCUCUCUCUCUCUGUCCUCACCCUCUCUCUCUUUGAUCCUCACCCUCUCUCUCUUUGA